GCACGGAUUUGCCCAACGUGUCGCGCCAGCGGGCGCGGAAUCACUGGCUGCUGAAGACCUUGGAACCUGAACUCGUGAUUAGCUGCUCGGCAAAGGCGGAACUGGGAUCAGUCCAACUGCUAAAUCUAGAAGCGCUCGCAGGUUCCCCUCCUAGCCCGGACCUGCCGGACCUGGAUGGAGUCCCGGAGCUCAUGGCGUUGAUGUGCACCGGGGGAAGUCAGCGCUUGAAGAUUGUCCAAGUGACGCACGAGAUGAUGAUCUCUGAGCAAAGUGCCUAUCGUUGCCUGGCAUCGGAAGUCACGACGCUGCCGGAAUUUCCGCGCGUCUUGCAGCAGCACCGCAGCUUUUGGCCC